GCGCUCAAAAGUAAACAACACAGCGUGAAGAUGCGGCCCGAGUUGUGCCGUCUUUGCGAGCGGCCGGCGGCCGAAGGCGGCUACCGAGGGGCCGAAUUGGAUUUGGAGGCGCUGGCCGAGUGGUGUUUGAACUAUUUGGGCACUACUUUGGCCGACGAGGUCAAGGACGAAGACCUGUUUUGCUUCUUCUGCGUUUGGGACGCGAGGUUUUUGCGAGAAACUUUGAAUGGCCCUGAAUCAGAACUUAUUCCAUGCUGGUGGCCGGAUGAAAAAACCAAGGAUACCAAACCAUUGUCAUAUGCUCUUUUUAAAGCUGGAAAUAUUCAGCAGUGUUGGGUGACCUUGCAAAAACUGCCUUCUGAUGAGUCUUCUCUUCAAAAUUACAACGAAAUAGAGCCAAAAGAGUAUGAUUUAGACAAAACGAAAUUCCAGUGCAUUUAUUGCAUAAAAUCUUUUUUAUGUAAAUAUAAAAAGAAUCGUCACAUAAAAGAAAACCAUGGGACAAUCGCAAUUUGUUGUAAUUUUAAUUUAAGCUGUCGUAGUUACUUUUUAACUGUGGAGGAAAGAGAUCUUCACAUCAAAGAGUUUCAUCUCAAACCAAAAGUGCCAGUUCUUCAAAACUGCAUUUACUGUCAAAGAAAUGGUUUGACUAGAAAAGGAAUAUGGCAACAUGUUAGAAAAAAACACGCUGAUGUUGCCUUCAUGUGUCCCUAUAUGUGUGCAAAAUAUUUCAAAUCAGAAAAUGAGCUAAAAAUUCAUUUGGAGACUCAACACAAAGGCAUUGAAGAGAGGAAAAAAUUUAAAUGCUCUAUGUGUAGUUACCGAAGUCAGAGGAGGGAUUUUCUUACGUCUCAUGAGGUCAAAGUUCACCAAAAGUUAGUUCCAUUGUCAUUUAAGUGCUUGCGGUGUCCUGCUAAAUUUAUUAGCAAUGCAAUCUUGAAAAGGCACAUUUCUUAUGUCCACCAAUAUCGGGACUGUCCUUCUUGUAAAAAGAGAAUUACAGUUGGAAGUGUCAGCCAGCAUUUUCAAAUAGUACCUUGCAGAUUCUGCAAAAUUAAGUUUAACUGUCGUGGGUUGCUGCGAGAUCAUAAUUUGAAAUGCGGGAUAUCAUUCAGUUGUGCAUUUUGCUUGAAAGUAUUUGAACAGAAAUCAUCAUUGCAGUACCACUUAAUUCGUAACCACUUGCAGGUGAAAGGCCUUAGAUUUAAAGAUCGAGGACACAAAUGCAAAAUAUGUUCCAUUUUUUUGUCAUCACGUGCAAAUCUGAAAAGGCACGUUUUGAUGGUGCAUUCUUAAGUUUGUAGAGUUCAAUGUUUUUACUGCAAUAAAUUUUUCAAUAAAGAUUACAUAAUUUACCAUUUAGCAGAAGAACAUGGCUGCAUUGAAUCUAAUUUCAGUUGUCGGAUGUGCCCAAGAAAGUUUUUCAAUGCAUCUCGGUUGAAAUUUCACCUAAAAAUUAUGCACAGUGGGAAAGCUAAAUGUUUUAUUUGCAAUAAAUAUUUGAGACCACAUGGUCUCUUUGAGCAUUUGAGGCGUAUACAUAACGAGAACCCACAAAAACUAAUCAAUGCGAAUCAAUGUAAAAAGGUUUAAAUUGCAUAAUUAUUCUAUUCUUUUUGUUGUGUAAUAACUAUUUUAUUUUUAAUUUUUGUAUUGUUGCUUUUACAAUUCCUUGAUUUUGAUUCACAAUAUUAUUAAAUUUCUCUCUUUCUCUUUACAGAAAUCCUCGUUAAAAAAAUAAUAAACGAAAUUUAAUUAAAUAGAAAUGAAAAAAAAAUUCAAUAAAGAAAUAAAAAUACAUACUGUGUUUUACAUUUUCUACGCAUUUUUUAACUAAUUGCAGCGCAGCACGUGUAAAAAAUUUUAUGCCUUAAAACUUAUCUUUAUAUUAAGCAAACCAUGCGUCAUUUAAAGUAUACAAUAAAAUUUCAAAGAUUUUAAUAAACGCCAAAAUUGUGUGC